GGCGCGUCGUUACGUCACACCUCUCGGUGACGUCAUCGCGCUUCCCGCCCUCCGCCAUCGCCGCCGUCGUCGAGCCUCUGGCAGACGGAGCUCGAUUCGUGCGAUCCACUUCUUAAUCACUCGACGUCUCUUCGUGCUCGUCAUGGCCUCGGCAGAUCCCAACGAUGUGGCGACCGCGAUCCUAAAGCAGAAGGCGCGACCCAACCGGCUGGUGGUGGAUGAGGCGAUCAACGAGGAUAACAGCGUGGUGUCUCUCUCCCAGGUGAAGAUGGACGAGCUGCAGCUGUUCCGUGGAGACACGGUGAUGCUCAAGGGCAAGAAGCGCCGCGAGACGGUGUGCAUCGUGCUCUCUGACGACACGUGCUCCGACGAGAAGAUCCGCAUGAACCGUGUCGUGCGCAACAACCUGCGCGUGCGCCUGGGCGACGUGGUCAGCAUCCAGGCGUGUCCGGAUGUGAAGUACGGCAAGCGCGUGCACGUGCUCCCGCUGGACGACACCGUGGAGGGCAUCACGGGGAACCUGUUUGAGGUCUACCUCAAGCCGUACUUUCUGGAGGCAUACCGGCCAGUCCGCAAAGGGGACAUCUUCCUGGUGCGUGGCGGGAUGCGCGCUGUGGAGUUCAAGGUGGUGGAGACCGACCCGAACCCCUUCUGUAUCGUGGCGCCAGACACCGUGAUCCACUGCGAGGGCGAGCCCAUCAAGAGAGAGGACGAGGAGGAGGCAUUGAACGAGGUCGGCUACGACGACAUCGGCGGGUGCCGCCGCCAGCUCGCCAUGAUCAAGGAGAUGGUGGAGUUGCCCCUGCGCCACCCGGCGCUCUUCAAGGCGAUCGGCGUGAAGCCCCCGCGUGGCAUUCUGCUUUAUGGACCCCCUGGCACCGGCAAAACCAUGAUCGCUCGUGCCGUGGCAAACGAGACUGGCGCCUUCUUCUUCCUCAUCAACGGUCCCGAGAUCAUGAGCAAGCUGGCGGGCGAGUCGGAGAGCAACUUGCGCAAGGCGUUCGAGGAGGCCGAGAAGAACUCCCCGGCCAUCAUCUUCAUCGACGAGCUUGACGCCAUCGCACCAAAGAGGGAGAAGACGCACGGCGAGGUGGAGCGCCGCAUCGUCUCCCAGCUGCUCACGCUCAUGGACGGCCUCAAGCAGCGCACGCACGUCAUCGUCAUGGCAGCCACCAACCGGCCCAACAGCAUCGACCCCGCGCUGCGUCGAUUCGGCCGCUUUGACCGAGAGGUGGACAUCGGCAUCCCGGACUCGACGGGACGACUGGAGAUUCUGCAGAUCCACACCAAGAACAUGAAGCUCUCGUCGGAUGUGGAUCUUGAGCAGGUUGGGAAUGAAACUCACGGCCACGUGGGUGCCGACUUGGCUGCGCUGUGCUCGGAGGCCGCCCUGCAGGCGAUCCGCAAGAAGAUGGACGUCAUCGACCUCGAGGACGAAACCAUUGACGCCGAGAUCAUGAACUCGCUCGCCGUAACCAUGGAUGACUUCCGGUGGGCGCUGGGCCAGAGCAACCCGUCGGCGCUGCGCGAGACGGUGGUGGAGGUGCCCAACGUGACGUGGGAGGACAUCGGUGGCCUGGAGAGCGUCAAGCGUGAGCUGCAGGAGCUGGUGCAGUACCCGGUCGAGCACCCGGAGAAGUUCCUCAAGUUCGGCAUGACGCCCUCCAAGGGCGUGCUGUUCUACGGGCCGCCGGGCUGCGGCAAGACGCUGCUGGCCAAGGCCAUUGCCAAUGAGUGCCAGGCCAACUUCAUCUCCAUCAAGGGGCCCGAGCUGCUCACCAUGUGGUUCGGCGAGUCCGAGGCCAACGUGCGCGACGUCUUCGACAAGGCCCGGCAAGCGGCUCCCUGUGUGCUCUUCUUCGACGAGCUGGACUCCAUAGCGAAGGCACGCGGGGGCAACGUCGGCGACGGGGGCGGCGCGGCCGACCGCGUCAUCAACCAGAUCCUCACCGAGAUGGACGGCAUGGGCACCAAGAAGAACGUCUUCAUCAUCGGCGCCACCAACCGACCGGACAUCAUUGACCCUGCCAUCCUGCGUCCCGGUCGCCUGGAUCAGCUGAUCUACAUCCCGCUGCCCGACGAGAAAUCCCGCAGCGCCAUCCUCAAGGCCAACGUGCGCAAGUCUCCCAUCGCCAAGGACGUGGACCUCGAGUACUUGGCCAAGACCACCAAUGGCUUCUCGGGCGCCGACCUCACGGAGAUCUGCCAGCGCGCCUGCAAGCUGGCGAUCCGCGAGAGCAUCGAGUCAGAGAUCCGGCGUGAGCGCGAACGCCAGAGCAACCCGGACGGUGCCAUGGACGUGGAAGACGAAGACGCGGUGCCCGAGAUCCGCCGCGACCACUUUGAAGAGGCCAUGCGCUUCGCCCGACGCUCCGUCAGCGACAACGACAUCCGCAAAUACGAGAUGUUCGCUCAGACGCUGCAGCAGAGCCGCGGCUUUGGCAGCUUCCGGUUCCCGGGGGCAUCUCAGGGUGGCACGGCCCCCAACCAGGGCCCCAGCGGGAGCGGUGGCAGCGGCAAUCUGUACCACGAGGAUGCGGACGAUGACCUCUACGGCUAGGACUACAAACAACGCGUCCUACCCCCGGACCACAGGCAACCCCCACCGCCCCCACACAGCCCAGGGCUUUAGUCGCAUCAUCCACAUGGAACUAUGCACUCGUCCAGAUCCCCCCCCCCCCCCCCUAUUGUCAACUGCAGCACACGCUCCCAUCCAGCUACACAUUCCCGAGACUAACUGCCCUUAGCGGAGGGAGUGGCUCCCUCGGCCGUGCGUGUCUUGUCUUGCCCCCCCCUCUUCAACCCCACGGCUGUCGUUAACCCCCAAUGCCGGUAACUGAAUUCCUAGGGGUCGACGAGUCCGUCCCUCGCCCCGCCACCCAGUGCCAAGCGUUGAGACGGCGUGGCGGUGGCGUCUUCCCUUGUUCUUUCCUUGCGGACCAAAACACCGACAUCAGCCGGGGACCGUGCUCGUGUUGCAUGCACGCAGGGUUCCGUGGACACGCGCGCAGUGCACGCUGCGUGGAACUGAGGGUGGCCGAGGGCACUUGGCCCCUGACUCCUGAGGUGAAGCCAAUUGUCACGUAAUUGGUAUCCGCUUUUCCCCGAAUGUGUUCUAUUAGAUUGGCCAUCCACAUUGAAGAUCAACAGCGCACAUUACAUUUGGACUGGUAUAGGUAAAGAUGUUGUAUGCUGGGGCUGAUACAGAUGUAGUGGUGGUGGCGAUUGUUGCCCAACGUUCUUGGCCGCCCCGUAACGCCGCUCUCUUUUGAUUGGUUACAGACCACUCCCCCUGUCCCUCAAGUUCCAACGUCGUCUCGCUAAUCCAGCUUCCCAGCGUGCACCGCGUGCCCGCCUACACACUUGGCACGCAUCAGACGCGUCGCUUGAAUUGACAUCGCGGGAUCCACCCCGGCAGUCGCCUACGAAAUUAAUAAAAAUCCAGCGGCGCCCUUGACUAAUGGAUGCAACAGGCAGGGCAUUGGUCCCAUAAUGACGGUUGGAAAGGUCAGAGCAGGGGGCUCUCCUUAGACCGUAAUAACACUUCCCCUCCCCCACCCUCCCCCUCUGUAAAACGCUGUGCGCCGGUUCCAUAGGUAAGAUAUCACUCAUCCCUCGCUUCCCUCUCCCCCUCCCCGAGCAGUUGUCAUUUCUCAGCCAAGGCAUCACUCACGUUGGGCCCUGCAGCCCCCCCGGGGGGAGGGGGGGGGGGCGGCCUCACGCAUCGCAGAGCGUCAGUGCCGUCACUUCUUCUCCCCGCUGACACUACACUGACACUGGGUCCCCGGGUUCGAUCUGGCCACGGGAUUUACUUUUGACAGCAUCUUCAUUUUCCGCGUAGAGUAGAAGUAGCAGCGUUCACUAGAGCGCAUCGCCGCACUUUGUGUGGGUAUGUUUAUUUUUUAACAAUGUUACUCGCCGUUCUCGCUCUUCUUUUGGGGCGGGGGGAGGGGUGGGGGACGCGCGCCGCAACCAUUUAUCGCUUGAUGUAUGUGAUUCCUUGCAAGGGUUUAAUUGGGGUUGGUCCUUCUUAUGAGAGGUUGUUCGAUUCAAGUUUUGCAAUUUCAUAUUAUUAUUUGCCAUGCGUGAGGUUCCUUCUUUAAAUUGACCUGGUUGAUUGCUCUUAGGCAAAAAAAAAGUCACUUUUGUAGGUCAAUGGUAACUUGAAAUUCUUGCGCUUUAACGAGUCUGGCAACGGGACGAACGUGGCACUCGGCAAAGCCUGAACUGUCGCAAUCAUCCGCACAGACACACGGGCGAGUGGGCGUCAUUGUAGUCUCGCCCGCAGCCUCCCGUGUUUGUUAAUUGCUCGCCCUUUCUGUGUAUUGGGCGCACACUGUGGUUUGACAAAAAAAUUUAAGUGACGGCGAUUAUUUCUAUAAAUGCUGUUCCAAGCACUGGGGUGGGGUGGGAGGCUACUGCUGUUUUUUGAAAGGACCAGCGAAGGAGAAGUCGGUUUGUGUGGUUGUUUUUUUGCGGUGGAAAUCUUUUGUUGCAUCUUCUGACCCAGAAGUAAACCACGUCUGCUGUGCCUCUGGUGAAAAUAAAAUAAUGAAUCCUCA